AUGGCCUCAACUAGUUCCAAGGACAGUAUGAUCGCUGCCGGCUCUCAAUCGUCGCCCAGCACUUCGUCCAGCCAAGGUGGUGGUGCUCCUGUUGAUGGAAUGGAGAACUUGACUCUGACUGGCACUGCAGCUCGUGGCCGCUACGAACCCCCCCACGUCCGAGCUGAUUCUACCAAGUCUGAGCGAUUUCUGGUUGGAGCCGUCGACGACGAAGACGUGUUCGGUGCUCAAAUGGCCCCCCGCUACAGCCAUGAGGAAUCCAUCAACUUCCCUGCCUCCGACAGCAUUGGCGCGUACAACCAUGGCCAGACGACGACCAUGGCUUCGCUCAUGGCUGCCCAGGUUGCACCCAGCUUCCUCCGCCGAGUACCCACCCCGGUUCGAAGUACCCGAGCCAAUCGAUCGGAGAACCGCCACGAAGUGGAAGGCGUCGACGCGCAGAUCUACUACUCUCCCGAGGCCUGUGUCUUCGUAGCCAAUCUCCCGGAGGCGAAGUCCGACUCCGUUCUCGAGGCAGCCAUUACCAAGGCUUUCCUCACCUUCGGCUCCGUCUUCGUCAAGAUCCGUCGGGAUCCGAAGAACAUGCCGUUCGCCUUUUGUCAGUUCACGCGAAAGGAACAUGCCGAUGUUGCCGAGAAGCAAGGCAAGGGCAUGCUAAUUGAGGGCCGUGCUUGCCGCACUGAGAAGGUCAAGGCCAACCGUGCCUUCGUUGUCUUCAGUGUUGCGGGACUUGAUGUCGACGUCGAACAGGCCCAAUACGAGCUCGUACAGUUCGGCGCGAUUGCGAAGUGCCAGAGACUCGAAGAAGAGUACGCUGUUGCCAUGAAUCUCCAUGGCGCUGUCAUGGUGGAAUUCGAGAAGUUCGACCCGGGCCGCGACAUUGUUGCUCACUACCGCAACAACCCCUACUGGCGCGUCAUCGCGUACGAUAUCAAGAAGGUUAACAAGCCUCCGGUCGAUGCUGCCGAGCAGUACCUCAAGAGAUAUGAGGUUGACCGUCGUUCCAUCUACAUUGGCGGUCUGCCGUCUGAUGUCACAAACCUCGAUGAGAUCAUCGAGGCCGCUGCUGGACAGUAUGGGGAGGUCAAGAGUCUGCAAGUGAUUCGCAAGCCCCUGCCAGAUGGUUCGCGAACGGUGGUAUUCGCAUUCGUCGAAUUCUCUCGCCCCGAUGUCGCGGAGCUGGCGUGCCAGAACAUGCGCGAUACCAUCAUUGCCGAUGCUCGUGUCAAGGUCCAGCGAAAGAACAGCAAGGAUCCCAACGGAACUAUCCGCCACCCGCGAGUUACACACGUGCAGCUUCCCCCUAUCCAGCGCCAGCAGGCGAGCCCUGACGUCUCCACUAUCAAGAAGGAGGAGCCGUCUACCCCUCUUCGUGUCGGUGCUGUGAACACGGGCAACUCUGGCACUCGCAGCGGUGGAUACGCGGGAUACGGUACUCCGUCCGCGCAUUCCUACGGAGCAUACACCUAUGGUGGUGGCUUCGGUGGAGGUCAGGGACAAUACGGUGGUGUUAACUACGGUGCCUCCCCGUACUACCCGGCGACGCCCGGCUACUACAGCCAGCAGCAGCAGCAGCAACCAUACUGGCCGACUCCCUUCGUCCAGGAAGGCAACUUCGGACCGAUGGCGUAUUACUCCAACACGCAGGGUUUUGGAGCUUCGCCCAUGCCUGCUGGUCCUGCGUUCCGCGCCGAAGAGGAAGGAAUCAGUGGUACUCCGACCAAGGCGAAGAGCGAGUACAGUGACAAGAACACCGAGUUCUAG